AUGAAGCACCAGCUGGAGACCGAGGUCGAGGGCGAUGGCACGACGGAGCAGCUGGCGCGCUGGAUCGCGGGGCUGAAGGCUGACGACGUGCCACCGCGGGUGCUGGACCGGGCCAAGCACCUGAUCCUCGACGGCAUCGGCUGCGGUCUGGUCGGUGCGCGCGUGCCGUGGUCGGACAAGAUGCUGCAUGCCGUGAGCGCCUACGAGCCCGACGGGCCGUGCAGCGUCAUCGGCACCACCAAGCGCUUCGGCCCUCUCGCCGCCGCAAUCCUCAAUGGCUCGUUCGUCCAGGCCACCGAGCUCGACGACUACCACAGCGGCGCGCCGCUGCACUCGGCCAGCAUCGUGGUCCCUGCGCUGCUGGCCGGCGCCGAGUCGAUCAACGCCGCCGGCGCCCGCGUCACUGGCCGGGAUCUGCUCUUGGCUGCUGUGGCCGGCUUUGAAACCGGCCCGCGAGCCGGCCUGGCCCUUUACGGCCCGGACAUGCUGACCCGCGGAUGGCACUCCGGGCCAAUUUUCGGUUGUCCCGCUGCUGCAGCGGCCUGUUCUCGCUUGUUUGGCCUCGGUGUGCGCGAGACCGAGAGCGCAUUGGGAAUUGCCUGCACCCAAGCUGGCGCUCUGAUGAGUGCACAGUACGAGGGCAUGAUCAAGCGCGCUCAGCAUGCCUUUGCUGCUCGUAAUGGCCUGUUCGGCGCCUUAUUGGCUCGCGGCGGCUACGAGGGUAUGCGCAAGGUCUUUGAACGCCCCUAUGGUGGCUUUCUGGCCAUGUUCAGCGCCGGUAACGAACGCAAUCCACCAUGGAAAAUCCACGAGGUUGUUGCUGGCUUGGGAGAGACCUGGCACACUGAGCUGAUCCGCAUCAAACUCUACGCCUGCGUCGGCGGCAGCCACGGCCAAAUUGAGGUUCUCGAAAAGCUGCAGAACCAAUACCCAGACCGCUUCACGCUAGACAAGCUACACAACAUCAAGAAGAUCGACACGUACCUCAGCCACGCCAUUUACGCUCACGAUGGCUGGGUUCCUGAAUCCCGUCCUCUAACCGAGACCGGCGGCCAGAUGAAUGCUGCUUACAUCGGAGCCGUCCAGCUCACCGACCGCCAAGUUCUCCUCGAGCAGUUCAGCGCGGCAAAACUUGACGAUGACCUGGUCUGGGAGUUGAUUGGCAAGACCGAGUGCUUCCACGAUCCCGAGUUCGAUAAGCCCAACCAAGUGGCCGGCUGCCGUGUCAGGAUUACGUUUGACGAUGGUUUCACCGUUGAGGAGUCGACGCCCUGGCCCAAGGGCUACGACCCUCCCAUCUCCAACGAGGACAUCCGCACCAAGUGGCGCAAGCUGGCUUCCUCCGUCACUGAUUCUGACCGCAUGCAGAAGAUUGAGGACCUCAUUCUCGGCUUGGAUACUGCUGAUGAAACUGCUAUUUCUAAGCUCGGCGAGUUGUUGUCUCUGCCAGUUAAAAAUUCGAUGGCAUGA